AUGUUCGCUACAAAGGACUUGUCCAAAGAGUGCCGCGCCAAAAGUUCAGCACACACUGACGGCACCUCAAAACCGCUAAGAAUAAACAUCAUACAUCCGGAUCUUGGAUUAGGUGGCGCAGAACGACUCAUAUUGGACUUCGCAAGAGCGUGCUCAACAGCUGGUCACGAAAUUAAGCUUUAUACGGCAUUUCACGACGAAAAUCGGUGCUUUGAAGACACUGUGAAUACAGAGGGCAAACGCGUUGACUGGAUACAAGUUUACAAUUCACUGGUGCCACGAAAUUUUGCGGGGCGGUUUCAUGCCAUUUGCGCCAAUCUGCGAUGUCUUUGCGUAGUUUUUUUUGCACUGUGGCGAGACUGUGGUAAAGUCGAUGUUUGGAUUUUGGAUCAGGUUCCAAUCCCAAUAUUUGUCCUUAAAAUCUUCGCACAACGCACAAUUUUUUAUUGUCAUUUUCCAGACUGCCUACUAGCUCCACACAAUACAACACUACAACGUCUGUAUCGAACUCCGAUAGACUAUGUUGAGGAGCAUUGCACUGGCAUGGCUGAUUGUAUUGUUGUGAAUAGCUACUUUACAGCUGAAGUCUUCUCACGAACCUUCAAACGACUGUACAGGAAAGGAAUAUCUCCAGAGGUUGUUUACCCCACAGCUUCUUUGACGGAGCUUGAGUUUACACAUGAUGUGGAUGCGACCUUCAGAACUUUUCCUGGCAAAUCACUAAUUUUUCAGGAAAGGAAGAUAUUCCUCUCCAUAAAUCGUUUCGAUUCAAAUAAAAACCUUCGUCUUGCUAUUCUCGCAUUUCAUAAGUUCAUUCAGCAAAAUCGGAACGAUGCAACAUACAUGCUGAUUCUUGCAGGUGGCUUUGACUCGCGUUUACAAGAUAAUGUCCAAGUGCUGCGCGAGCUGAGGAGGCUGAAAGACGAUCUAGAACUCUCUGACAGUGUUCUCUUUCUUCCUUCGAUCAACAAUCACCAGAAGCAAGUUUUAUUGCAUCAUAGUUUGUGUGUUUUGUACACACCAAAUGAAGAGCACUUUGGAAUCGUACCACUUGAAGCCAUGCAGUACCAUAAACCUGUCGUUGCGUGCAAUAGUGGAGGUCCCAAGGAGACUGUGAUACAUGGUGUGACGGGCUUCCUGUGCGAAAAUACUCCAGAAAGCUUUGCGUGCGCGAUGAGUAAACUCGCACGCGUGUCUGGGCUCGCUGAGCGAAUGGGAAACGCAGCACAGCUUAAUUUUGGACAGAAAUUUGACGUCGUAGCAUUCCGUCGAAGAGUUCGAGAAGUCUUGAGUAAUACUGCUGAAAGUAAUUGCGAACCGCAAAUUCGUAGUUCGGUGCCUCUCUUUUGGUACCUGUGGAUAUUUUUAAGUAGCGCACUGCUACUCGCCAUUUUCAUCUGUGUAAGCGUGUAUCAUCAUAGUGUUCAUUUUUUUGAGAGAUGA